CAUGUGGGAGCACUCUUUUCGUUUCAUGCUUGUGUGAACCUCGGCUACUAGUAAUACUGCGCUUGCGGAUCGAGGACUCGUAGUGCAGCGUCGGUGAUCAAGGUCGUAGAGAAUGCUUGCCGGUGAUCCUGUCGACGCCUCAGUGAAAGGCAAGAGCGCGCAGUUGUUGACAAUGGACCAAAAAAACAGCUGCAAGGACAUCUUCAUUUCCAUCAGUGGUCUCAUUGGUGCUGGCAAGUCGACGCUAGCUACCGAACUUGCCAAGCUGAUGGACCUGCCUUGCCAUUAUGAGCCUGUUCUCGAUAAUGAAUACUUGGCCGACUUCUACAAGGAUCCGGCCAGAUACAGCUUUCCUCUUCAGGUCUACUUGCUGAAUCGCAGGUUUCAGCAGCAUCAGCAGAUCAUCUGGUCCGGGAAGGGCGGUGUUCAGGACAGGACCAUUUAUGAGGAUUCUGUGUUCGCCAGGGUGCUAAAAGAUUCUGGCAUGAUGGAGCCCAGAGAGUUUGAAACGUACACGUCUUUAUUUAGCAACAUGUCCAAUUUCAUGAAGAAGCCGAAUUUAAUCGUUCACCUUGACGUUUCUCCGGAGGAGAGCAAACGGCGUAUAGCGAUGCGCAAUAGAGACUGCGAGAAGACAAUCACACUGGACUACCUCACCAAUCUGCACGCUGCCUACGAGGACUUUCUGCAGGAGAUUGCCCGCAUCAUCCCCGUCAUCCGUGUUAACUACAACCAGUUCCGCACUGCGCAGGAGAUGGCUGAAGUCAUCCUUCGGGAGUAUAGCGAAAUGCAAUCCAUCCGCAACGUGGACUUUGACACGCCACGGUCGUCUACGUCUGGUAUCUUCACCCCUGGCUCUACGCCGUCAAAGCCACAGCACCGACCCCAAGCUGAAAGCAUGGAAGCCUAGUGGUGCUCCGGCCCUGAGCACCAGUGGCAAAUGACGGUAACUACUACUGUCGUGUGUGCUGCCGCUCUGCUUCGGAAUAGUGAAUCAUGAAAUACUGAUAUGUCGGUAGCUGUUGGCUCUCAGUCUCCGCGGUGAUCUGACUCAUGAAACUCAUCAAAUCAUACAGCUCUUUACUGGUUUUAGUUGCCAGAAGAAUCAUUUUACAAAAAAACGUUGCUACCUGUGAAUAGUUGAUUUCGUCAUUUAUACAAUUACAAUAUACUCUCUAAUUUCACAUAAACAGACCGACUGGCAUACGUCAGUGAUGACUCAUAGUGUACAAAUUAUUAACGUUCAUGCUAUUCCUGUUUCUAGGGCCUGUGUUUUUGAAUGGCCACAACCUAGUCUUAGUGGCCUGCUAUCUGUAUGAGUGUAUGGCAGUGCUGCCUGUAAUUUCUCUUUGACCCGACCACGUCACUAUGCACAUGUAGCUACCGGACCUGACUUAAACUUGCUGCUGCUGCUGCUGCUGCCAGUACUAGGCAUUUGGACACAUGUACAAUCAUGUACUCUGCUGUGUUGUCACCUUUUUAUCGUUACAUGAUGGCAUUAUUGUAGUAGAGUAUCAAGGCUCUCAGCCAGCUGCUGACAGACUGUUGGAUUUCACAAGUGGUACAUUUUUAGGAAGAAAAAAGGACCAAUGAACUAUA